UGUUUAUUCAGUCACCAAAUAUUAUUUCCAGACAAAAACAAAAAAUGGACGGAAUUUCGACUACAACUUUAUAUAACUCUUCCUCAGUAUGGUGGUCAUAUAGGUGCAGAAUAAUAAACCUUGCUCUGAGUGAAGGAGGGAGCACAGGACGCCUGCGCUGAGGCUGGAGCAGCCUGCCUACCAUGUUGUUAUUGUAACUGAUCCCCAUUGUAACCCACAAAAAGCAGCAUUCAACACAUCUGACCACUCGCCCUUAAUUUGCAGCAGAGAAUUUCAUUCAAAUCUCUAUAAUAUUACGCGGCACUGUGGCACCGUUUUCGGGGCGAGACAGCUGCAAGUGUUAAGAUCUGUUGGGAACAUGAGCCAAACGGCAGAGACGCCAGUUGAUGCUCCUGCUGCAGCGACAGAAGCACCACCUGUUCAAACUGAAACCAAGCAGCUGACAGGGGGAAAGAAACAAAAUAAAAAGAAAGUGGAAGAGGUGGUAGAGGAAGAGGAAGAGGAGUACGUUGUGGAGAAAGUCCUGGAUCGACGUAUCGUGAAGGGAAGAAUAGAGUAUCUUCUCAAGUGGAAAGGCUUUUCAGAUGAAGACAACACAUGGGAGCCUGAAGAGAAUUUAGAUUGCCCAGAUCUCAUCGCAGAAUAUCUGCAGUCCCAGAGAACUGCUAAUGAAUCAGGUGGCAAGCGGCGUGCUGAUGCAGAUGGUGAUGGAAAGGAGAGCCAGCCUAAAAAACGCAAGGAUGAGCCAGAGAAACUCAGAGGCUUUGCUCGUGGGUUGGAUCCCGAGAGGAUCAUUGGUGCUACAGAUUCAAGCGGAGAACUUAUGUUCCUCAUGAAAUGGAAGAACUCUGAUGAGGCAGAUCUUGUUCCAGCCAAGGAGGCGAACGUAAAGUGUCCACAAGUUGUCAUUUCUUUCUAUGAGGAGCGCCUCACCUGGCAUUCUUACCCCACUGACGAAGAGGAGAAGAAGGAUGAGAAAAACUAGGCAAACUAUCGGGAAUAUUUACAGUAUUCAUCAUCUGAAAAAGGCAGCAAAAUAUUUAUGAUUUCAUGAAAACGCCACUGAAACUUGCAGCACCUCAGGCAAUUAAACAGUACCUGUAAUUUACAUAGGCUCUGGUAUAGUUCAGUCACAGCGCUGCUACUGUAGCUAAAUGUAUCGAGUAGACUACUACUUUUUCUUUUUUUUAUCUUGAUCAUAGCAGCUGGGCAGCUUCUUUACCCACAUUGUGUUCCAGAGCCUGUGUAGAUUACAAUGCUGGCCAUUUCUUACCAGUUUCCAAAAGGCUUUCUUCAACAUAUUCCUGUAUAUUGGAUGAAUUUAAACAUUUUGCUGCCUUAUUAAAAAAACAACAACAACAACAAAAAAAAAAACA